CGCCCGCAGCCCGCCCGCAGCCCGUUCCGCCGCCGCCCUGCACGCCCGAAGUGCGCCCACCGCCCUGGAGGGGACAGGGGGCCCCACCGCCGUCAUGUUGCCAGUCGUCUACGCGGUUCUGGCCGGGUUGUUGAUGCUCCCGCUGCUGGUGAACCUGUGCUGCCCUUACUUCUUCCAGGACUUGCGCUACUUCCUGCGGGUGGCCGGCGUGGCCCGGCGGGCGCGCAGCAACGGGAAGCGCCGGCCGGUGCGCACCAUCCUCUACGCCUUUCUGGAGAAAGUGCAGCAGACUCCACACAAGCCUUUCCUGCUCUUCCGCGACGAGACGCUCACCUACGCGCAGGUGGACCGACGCAGCAACCAAGUGGCUCGGGCGCUGCGCGACCACCUCGGCCUGCGCCAGGGAGACUGCGUGGCAAUCUUCAUGAGCAAUGAACCAGCUUACAUAUGGCUGUGGCUGGGACUGAUGAAGCUGGGCUGUGCCAUGGCGUGCCUCAACUACAACAUCCGCGGGAAGUCCCUGUUGCACUGCUUUCAGUGCUCUGGGGCGAAGGUUCUACUGGUCUCACCAGAACUACAAGCCGCUGUUGAAGAGGUGCUGCCAAGCUUGAAGAAAGAUGAUGUGGCUGUCUAUUAUGUGAGCAGAACUUCUAACACAGAUGGGGUCAACUCUUUCUUAAACAAAGUGGAUGAAGUGUCAAGUGAACCUGUCCCAGAAUCCUGGAGGUCGGAAGUUACCUUUUCCACCCCUGCCUUAUAUAUUUAUACUUCUGGAACCACAGGUCUCCCGAAAGCUGCAAAGAUCAAUCAUCUUCGCCUUUGGUACGGAAUUGGCCUUGCUCUUGUCUGCGGGAUUACAGAGGAUGACGUAAUCUAUACCCCGCUCCCGCUGUACCACAGUGCCGCGCUUUUGAUUGGCUUACAUGGGUGUAUCGUGACUGGUGCUACUCUUGUUUUGCGGACCAAAUUUUCAGCCAGCCAGUUUUGGGAUGACUGCAGAAAAUAUAACAUCACUGUCAUUCAGUAUAUUGGUGAACUGCUUCGAUAUUUAUGCAACUGUCCUCAGGUAACACUUCCUAUGUUUCAUUAUCUUUUUGAAAUGCUUAAGAUGGGAAUUAAAGUCACUUUGGAUCAUGCUAGGUUUCAACUGCUUCUUAUAUAUCAGUUUUCAGUUUAUACUAUAGUUUUUCAUUAUAAAGUUGUUGGCACCACACCUACAAUAGGGAAUUUGUUGGUUAAUGUGUUAGUGGCCCAACUCUAGCCUGUCAGGCACCUCUGGCCAUGGA